AUGGGUGUUGGAUUAAUGGAGUUUUUAUCGAUACAACUAGCCACGGAGCAUCCUCAGGUGAUACCUAUCUCGGUGUUCAUCGCUAUCCUCUGCCUCUGUUUAGUCAUUGGCCACUUGCUUGAAGAGAAUCGAUGGGUCAAUGAAUCCAUUACCGCCAUAGUAGUUGUAAGCUUCCUUCAAGUUUUGGGUUUCUGUUUGAAUCUACAUCGCCAAUUCCAGGUCAAGAAAAAGAAGUUCUUUCACAACUUUUUAACCAUCAUGUCCUUUGGUGUGAUUGGUGUUUUCAUCUCUACUGUCAUUAUUUCGUUUGGCACUUGGUGGAUUUUUCCAAAGUUGGGAUUUAAGGGACUGAGUGCUCGAGACUAUCUUGCCAUCGGAACGAUUUUCUCGUCAACUGAUACUGUUUGCACUCUACAGAUUCUCCAUCAAGAUGAAACUCCAUUGCUAUACAGCUUAGUCUUUGGAGAAGGAGUAGUGAAUGAUGCAACCUCGGUUGUACUGUUCAACGCAGUGCAAAAGAUUCACUUCGAAAGCCUCAACGGCUGGACGGCUCUGCGUGUGUUCGGAAACUUUUUGUACCUCUUCUGCACUAGCACACUCCUCGGAAUUGCUGUGGGGCUAGUAACGGCUUUCUCCCUUAAAACCUUUUAUUUUGGAAGACACUCAACUACACGCGAACUCGCGAUCAUGGUUCUAAUGGCAUACCUUUCAUAUAUGUUGGCUGAGCUCUUCUCAUUAAGUGGGAUUCUCACUGUUUUCUUCUGUGGCGUUUUAAUGUCGCAUUAUGCAUCGUAUAACGUGACAGAGAGUUCAAGAAUCACUUCAAGGCAUUGUCUCAGACAAUUAUUCGUUUUCUCUCUCAGGCAUGUGUUUGCGAUGUUGUCCUUUAUUGCGGAGACAUUCAUAUUUCUAUAUGUUGGAACAGAUGCUCUUGACCUUACAAAGUGGAAGACAAGCAGCUUAAGCGUUGGUGGUACUUUGGGUGUCUCAACUGUCAUAACCGCAUUAGUAUUGCUUGGACGAGCAGCGUUUGUGUUUCCACUCUCUGUCUUAACCAAUUUCAUGAAUAGAAACACUGAAAGAAGCGAGACUAUCACAUUCAAGCACCAGGUGAUUAUUUGGUGGGCGGGGCUUAUGAGAGGUGCUGUCUCAAUUGCUCUGGCUUUCAAGCAGUUUACAUACUCGGGUGUUACAUUGGAUCCUGUGAAUGCUGCAAUGGUCACCAACACCACUAUCGUUGUACUCUUUACUACACUGGUCUUUGGUUUCCUCACGAAGCCACUAGUGAACUAUCUGCUUCCUCCUCAUGAUGAUGCAAAUCACAACACCGGAGAUAAAGGUAAACACUCUGCGCCAGGUUCUCCGAAGGAAGAUGCGACGCUUCCUCUUCUUUCCUUUGACGAGUCUGCUUCCACCAACCUCAACAUAGCUAAAGAUAGUAUCUCCCUUCUGAUGGAACAACCUGUUUACACUAUCCACCGCUACUGGAGAAAGUUUGACGAUACAUACAUGAGGCCUAUCUUCGGUGGACCUCGCCGAGAAAAUCAACCGGAAUGCUAGUUUAUGAUUUAUAGGUUCUCCGCAGUGAAGGCAUGAUGAGUUAUUGAGUUAGUUUUUUUUGGGAUAGUCGAUGUAGUGAAAAACCAAGUAUUUUGAUCGUUUUCUUUAAAUGUAUAGAACAUGGUUCUUUCUAUACACACAAGGUGAUCAACGAUCAUUGCAAGAUUGUGAUUUAUUUAAAAUCAGAAGAUAUAUUGUAUAAUUCAGACACUCAAAUCGAGCAAAGUCUGUUGUAUAUAUAGAGCGGUUUGUCUCAAGCGAUGAGCAAAAUAAAACGUAAGACUCUGUUUCUUUUACUUAACAUCCAAGUCUUACUAAGCUUGUGUUUUUUUUUUUAAUAUAUCUAUGGUACUUUGAUUUUACCUAGGCAAGCAGGAGGGAUUGUUGUAACGCCACACUUUGUCAGAAGGGCCUCGAGUUUAGAUGGGUUAGUCGUCGCUAAAACGGGGAGAUACGACUUGAAGCUGCAGAUGCAUUCGAGAUUAGCAACUUGGAGGACUCUGCAGCAUUUGUUACCUGGAGGCGGUGGGUUGUUUCCGGUGACGGCUGGACGACAUUUCUCUAAGCUGGUUGUGUCGAUGUUACAUACGGGAACCGUACGUUCUUCCAUCAACACCAGGGCGGCUAAAACCAUUGCAAGAGCUGCUCUUUUCACAAGGGUUCUUGUAUUGUUCUUAUCCAUUCUCUCUUUGAUCUUCCUCUCUCUUGACUCUAAAGUUCUCAC